AUGAUCUCUCAAUCUACCUCAAUAUUUCCACGUACCCUGAUACCCCGCAUUACAUGCGUCCAGCGGACAGUCACUCGGCGACAUCGAUCAGCCAAAAACAGCUUUCAUGAUAUUGCUCUUGCACCACCCAUUCAGCCUCCCAUCGAGCUGCCAUCGUUGGCGAGACUACCAACUAAGCUGUUACUGCGCUCUCUAAUCCUGACCUCUCUUAUGACAUCCAAUAUAUUUCUGAAACCUGCAUUAUCUCUUUUGAAUGUUCUAAGCACCUCCAACUCCGCCAUUUUAAAUGCCGAUCGAAACCCCGUCCUCAACAAGCUUCUCCGUUUAACAGUCUAUAAUCACUUCUGCGCAGGGACAAACCGACAAGAAGUGUCAAAGACCGUGGCACAGAUCAAAAGCAUUGGAUACCAGGGUGUGAUUUUGGGUUAUUCAAGGGAGAUUGUUCUCGCUCCAAAUGAGAAAUUGGCCUCCAAUGACUCUGGAAAUACGGUCUACAGCGACAAGUGUUACGAGACGGUUGAAGAAUGGAAGAAUGGUACACUUGAGACUCUCCAUAUGGUCGGGCCUGGCGACUUUCUUGCUGUCAAACUCACAGGAGCCGGCCCGAUCUCCCUCGACGCCAUGGCAGCAAAAAGGCCCAUGCCAGACGUGAUGGUCAAAGCCAUGGACGAGAUAUGCACCGCGACAAAACAGCAGGGCUCCCGUCUCUGGCUAGACGCCGAGCAGCAAGUUCUGCAGAAUGGACUGGAUAACUGGGCGAUCGAUAUCAUGCGCAGACACAACAAGUCGGAGUCCCCCUUGGUCUACAACACCAUUCAGGCAUACCUCAAAGCAUCCAAGGCCAACCUCGACCAUCACAUCACGCUCGCCGCACAAGAAGGCUGGACUCUAGGAAUAAAAUUAGUCCGAGGAGCCUACAUUGAGCAUGAAACCCGCUCCCUUAUCCACGAUACCAAAGAAGAGACAGACGAUACGUACGACUUGAUCGCGAACACGAUGCUAUGCCGAAAAAUGCCCAAGGAAGUCAAGGACUUGAAGUUUCCUAAUGCCGCCCUUUUUCUUGCAACGCAUAACGCCACCAGUGCCGCAAAGGCAAUUGCUACCCACCAGAAUCUACUUCUUGCGCACAAGCGCACGGUUUUGUUGGAGUGCGGCCAGAUCCAAGGAAUGGCUGAUGAGUUGAGCUGUGAGUUGGUGCAGAAUUACGAGCGCGCUUUGAAGGAGUCUUCUGCUGCGAGUAUGUCUGUGCCGAAGGUUUUUAAGUGUAUGGCCUGGGGCUCGGUGGCGGAGUGUAUGCAGUAUCUGCAUCGUCGGGCGAUUGAGAAUAAGGGGGCUGUUGAGCGGACACAGCAUAUGGUUGAUGCAUUACGGAAGGAAUUGUGGCGGAGAAUGUUUGGCUAG